GAAAAUGGUCUAUACGGAACGCACCGACAAGUGUCUGACGUCCAGUAAGGAUAAUGCUGCUUCCAGCAAAUCCCAAUCGAAUUCCUCGUCGACGUCGUCCUCGAAGACGCACUCAAGCAACAGCUCGGGUGCGUGGAGCAGUCAGGCUUCCAGUUCCGAGAAAUGGAAAUACAAUAACAUGGUCAAGGAUAAUCGCGAUCAUUUCAAUUCCAUGCACUUCUCCUAAUCUAUUUUGGGAGUAGGGGGUAUGGGAAUGGGAUCCUUGGGCACUUGGUGCCCGCAACGUGAUUGAGACUUAAGUUCUGUUGUUAUUUCUGGGUUCUAUGGGUUAACUUUAUAUUAGAUGUAAACUUACUUAUUUACAACUGCUAGAUCAUCUAAAAUUCUAAAUUUAAUCAACAAAAUUAAAAAAAAGAUGCGCAACAAA